AUGAUUCCUCUUUCUCCUUUCUAUUUCCAGCUCACAACCUCCAAGUACCCAGUGGUGGUGAAGAUGGGACAUGCUCACUCCGGAAUGGGCAAGGUGAAGGUGGAGAACCAAUAUGACUUCCAGGACAUCGCCAGCGUGGUGGCCCUCACCAAAACCUAUGCCACCUCGGAGCCUUUCAUCGAUGCCAAAUACGAUGUCCGUAUCCAGAAGAUUGGCAACAACUACAAGGCCUACAUGAGGACCUCUGUAUCGGGAAAGUGGAAAACCAACACGGGCUCUGCCAUGUUGGAGCAAAUUGCCAUGUCAGACAGGUACAAGCUAUGGGUGGACACUUGUUCAGAAAUCUUUGGGGGCUUGGACAUCUGCGCUGUGGAGGCUCUGCAUGGCAAGGACGGACGUGACCACAUUAUUGAGGUGGUGGGGUCCUCCAUGCCACUGAUUGGAGACCACCAGGAUGAAGACAAGCACCUAAUCAUGGAGCUGGUGCUGACCCGCAUGGCCCAGGCCAUCCCUCGCACACCGGUGCCCUCACCUGUGCGCUCUGCCUCGGGACAGCAUGCCCAGACCCAGGCAGCUCCAGCUGGACCGCGACAAGGCCCCCCGGCCCAACAGAGACCCCCACCCCAGGGAGGUCCUCAGCAGCCGCCCCCGGGCUCCCAGCGCCCCCCUUCUCAACAGCGCCCCCCUCCUCAAGGCCAGCAGCUGCCCGGCCUCUCCCCGCAGCCAGGUGGUCCUCCGAUGGCUCAGCGUCUGCCAAGCCCCACCACCCAGCAGCCCCCUCCUCAGGCGCAGCAGCGUCCCGUAGGGCAGCGGCAACCUGGGCCUGGAGCGCAGCAGCCUCGCCAGCAGGGGCCGCCGUCUGCACCGCAGUCCCCACAGCCCCAGAGGGGUCCCAGCCCCAGUGGGGGGGGACAGCAGCAGUGGCAGCCCGGGUCUCCUCAGCAGCAGCGGGCCGCGGGAGCAGGCCCGCCCAAAGCAGCUUCCGGGGGUCCGCCGGCGCCGCAGCCGCCACUGCCGCAGCAACAGCGUCCUCCGGCAGCAGGUCAGCCACGACAGCACCCACGCCAGGGCAGCCAGGGGGCCCCACCUCAGCAGCGCCCUCCAGGAGCACAGCAACAGCGCCCCGCUCCGCCCACCACCCAGCAGCCGAGGCCCAGCACUCAGGGGCAGGGGCCCGGGGGCCCCGGGCAGCAAGUCUCCCGCCCUCCACCAAGCCAAGGAAAACCGCAAGUGGCCCAGAAACCAAGCCAGGACCUGCCUCCGCCGCAGCCCCAGCUGAACAAAUCCCAGUCUCUGACCAAUACCUUCCCCCUUGCAGAGGCGCCGGUGCCACGGGGCAGCCUUAGUCAGGACGAAGUGCGUGCCGAGAGCAUCCGCAGCCUCCGACAGAGCUUCGCCAGCCUCUUCUCCGACUGAGCGACUCCCCCCGCCCUCCACGCUGGGAUCCCUGACACCCUCUCCUCAACCCGACACUCUCUCCUUCCCCCUUCCACACAACCUUGGC